UGUAGAUUCAAGGUCACAUAUUAUGUUCAAAGAAAUCAGUCUGAGUGUAUUGUCUCAGUUCACAUUUACUCAAGUCAUUCAAACACAUUCGCUACUAUACUAGUGUUAGCUUCGAAAUGCCAACAAUGCAAGCUGAUUUUGAUAGACUUGGAAUAUUCAAAGAGAUGUCUUAUGUAACUAUACGUGACCAGUAUGAUAAACAAGACAGUCACCAAACUCGAUCAGCAUUCAAAGGUAAACAGAUGUAUUGUGAUGGAUUUAAACUCAAGUCCGCAAAUACGGAUGGUUAUUUUGGACCUUUCACACGAAUUUUCACUGGCGAUAACAAAAUCGAUCUGGAAAGACUUAUUCGAAUCCAAAGAAAGGAGAGCUCAAAGAAAAUAAGAGGAAAGGCUUGGGCUCCUCCGAACGGAACCCAUCAUCUUCUUGGCUUAGGCAGCUCUAUAGAUACUUUCAGUGGACCCAUACCUUACUUUAGACCAAUAACGAGGCUGAACAACCAAAUGAAAUCUCACAAGAAGAAUUUUUAUACUUCCCCAGCCAAGAAGGGCUGCGGUUCUUAUAUUGAUAUCACGAUAGGAAAAUAUCCAAACUACAAGAGUGAUCCUUAUGAUAAAAUUAAAAAAACAAGUGCUAAAGGAAGCUCAUCAUCUGGGAAGCAGUUUUAUCUCAACAUGCAUCCUCAGCAAUACUUUGAUAAAAAUCCUUACCAUCAAGUGCGUAUUAAACGAAGGCCUUUCACUUCAACUAUCAAAAACCCAAUACACCCCAGAUCUGUAUUUAAACCGGCAAGUACGUCGAAAUUAAUGGGUGGAUGUAAAGAUGGUUGUUUCAGUCCUUUCCCUCAUUAUACCUCAGAUAGACCCAAGAAAACUGUACUGAUAAAAUAUACCAAACCACCACUCAAAAUACCAUCCUGUCCGAAAACAUAUCCUAUCACUUCUAUCAUAGAAUUAAAUGUCAAAAGACGCAUCAAUUCGUCUAACUAUAAAAAUUUUAGACCAUCUGUUGUCGACAGCUAGACUAUGUUUCAAAGUGCAGUUAUGUACAUUGCCUUUUGGUGAAAAUUAUCUCGAGAUAUACCCAAAAUUUACAUCUGAUUCACAUAAAAAUUGUAAAAUGCAUGUACUUUUCUUGUAGUUAAGACUAUUCUUUAUAUCAUUCUGCCCUGAACAUCUUACAUAGACUGUGUAUGCAACAUAAUUAAAUAUUGUUUUCCAGAAUCUGACUAACAUGAUUUGAGAAACAAUUACAGCUUUACAAAAUGAAUAUGUUAAUUUCCUUUAUUAUGCAUACAUUAACUAUGUAACACUAUUUUCACCAUAGUUACACGAAAUGUAACAAACAAAAUUCCUCAAUAAUCGUUGUCUAUGUUUUAUAAAAAUCUAAAUCGUCCGAGAAAGCUUUUAAUGUGUAAUAUUGACUUAUCCUAUCUAACAACAAAUUUCAUCAUUAAAUGACAUUGUUGUAAUGAUC